AAGCGGCCCAAACCGUUCCAAUAUCUGGUUUUCCUGGCAUGGAACGCCAACGCUGGCUCAGAUGACGGCUUGCACGGCGAAUUACAUCGCUUAUGUGCGGGCAGGCUGGGAACCCGCCGGGUGUAUGACGGGUGAUUUCAAAAGAGGCACAAAUGACCGACUACGACUACGACCUUUUUGUUAUUGGCGGCGGAUCGGGUGGCGUUAGAGCCGCACGCAUUGCAGCAACACAUGGCGCUCGUGUCGGGAUUGCCGAAGAAUACCGGUAUGGCGGAACGUGUGUCAUCCGCGGUUGCGUUCCCAAGAAACUGUUUGUCUACGCGUCAAAAUUUUCCGAAGAAUUUGAAGAUGCGGAAGGCUUCGGCUGGUCCGUCGGGGAACGUGGUUUUUCCUGGGACAAACUGGUCGCGGCCAAGGAUCAGGAAAUUACGCGUCUUGAAGGCAUCUACCGCCGUAACCUGGAGCGGACGAACGUGGAGGUCCACGAUAGCCGGGCCGUGCUCGAGGAUCCACAUACCGUCCGCCUGCUGUCGACCGGCCAGACAUUGACCGCAAGGUACAUUCUGAUCGCAGUUGGUGCGUCGCCCAAUGUCGACAACAGCGUACCGGGCAUGCAACACGUGAUCACCUCCAACGAGGCCUUUCACAUGACGGAGUUUCCGCGCAAGGUCGUUGUUGCCGGUGGCGGUUACAUUGCCGUUGAGUUCGCCGGUAUUUUCAACGGUCUCGGGGCGGAUACGACGCUGAUUUAUCGCGGUGAGGAAAUCCUGCGCGGCUUCGAAAUGGAUCUCAGAACCACGAUUCGCCAGGAAAUGGAGAAAAAGGGUAUCAAGGUCAUUUUGGGUGAUGCGUUCUCCGCAAUUGAGAAGGAAAGCGACGGGUCGCUGACCGGCAAUACCAAGGGUGGCAAAAGCCUUGCCGCCGACCAGAUCAUGUUUGCAAUCGGCCGGAAUCCCCAUACCAGCGAUCUGGGAUUGGAAAAGGCCGGUGUCGAGAUUGAUCGGAUCGGAGCUAUCAAGGUGAGUGCCGAUUCUAGAACGAACAUUGAGUCGAUCUAUGCGGUUGGUGAUGUCACAAACCGUGCGAACCUGACCCCGGUUGCAAUCCGUGAGGGGCACGCAUUCGCCGACACGGUAUUUGGCAACAAUCCCUGGACGGUCGACCACGGCCUGAUCGCCACGGCAGUCUUUUCCCAACCCGAGAUGGGAACGGUGGGACUGACCCAGGAACAGGCGCUGGAACGCACACCAAACCUGGACAUCUACAAAUCCAGCUUCAGGCCGAUGAAACACACCUUGUCCGGACGUGAUGAGAAGAUGCUCAUGAAAAUGAUCGUCGAUGCCGAUACGCAAAAAGUGCUCGGCGUGCACGUUGUUGGUCCUGAUGCGGGCGAACUUGCCCAGAUUCUGGGUGUUACGCUCCAGAUGGGUGCGACCAAGGCGGAUUUCGACCGCACCAUUGCCGUUCACCCGACAGCGGCCGAAGAACUUGUGACGAUGCGUGAGCCGACAGAACAGCUGCGUGGCUGA